AUGCCACCUCGCUAUGAUGGUGCGGCAGACCCAGCAGCCUUCCUCCAGGUGUACGAGGAGGCCAGUCGAGUAGCCGGAGGUGACAACAAGGUCAUCGCCAACUGGUUUCCCAUGGCCCUCGCCGGCGUGUCGCGCGCUUGGCUGCUCAACCUGCCGGGAUCCUCUGUGACCUCCUGGGAGGAACAGCAUGGUCUCUUCGUCGUGUGCUUCGUGGCCCCUGCGCCCCUCACCGUCGCCACCCUCCUCGGCGGCUCGCUGGCACCGCCCUCGGAUUGCCAUGUCAAGCAGUUCUUCCGCCAAUGGGGCGCCGGCCAUGGCGGCGGAUCAAAGCAGGGUGGCGCGGCGUCGGCUGGAGGUGGUGGCGCGGCCGGGCCGGUGUGGGGCCGCACGGCGAUGCGGCGCGUGGAACGGCGCGGAUGCGCGGCGAGCGGUGCCUGCAGUGGGGCAGCAGCUAGGCUGCACGGCGGAGCAGGGAGGUUGCGGGGCGAGGCUGCGGCGGAGGGGCGCCGCGCGUGGCAACCGCAGGCGGAGGGGCGGCGGGGUGCGUGCAACGCGAGCGGCUACAGGCUCGGCGAGCGAGCAGCGGGAGGCGGUCGGGCGCGAGGCGCGGAGGACGGGGAUGAUCAAGAGAGAGGGGGGUGGAGGCCAGGCCUCACUUGCGACGCAGGGAAUGGCAGCGGGCUCGAGGUGGAGGACGGGGACAACGGUGAGGUCGAGGCGGUGGUGCAGCUGCGGGGCGGCGUGGAUCGGCGACGGGUCAAGGCCGCGGCUUUCGGCGGGUUGGUGACGAAGCUCCGCGGCGUCGGGGGCAUUCGCGCAGAGGCGGGAGGGCGUCCCGGCGAGGGGAUCGACGGCGGCGUCGGGCCGAUGGGAUCGGGGUGGGGCGCCAGCCAUGGCGGCGGAUCAGAGCAGGGCGGCGCGGCGUCGGCUGGAGGUGGUGGCGCGACCGGGCAGGUGUGGGGCCGCACGGCGAUGCGGCGCGCGGAACAGCGCGGAUGCGCGGCGAGCGGUUCCUGCAGUGGGGCAGCAGCUAGGCUGCACGGCGGAGCAGGGAGGUUGCGGGGCGAGGCCGCGGCAGAGGGGCGCCGCACGUGGCAACUGCAGGCGGAGGGGUGGCGGGGUGCGUGCAACGCGAGCGGCUACAGGCUCGGAGAGCGAGCAGCGGGAGGCGGUCGGGCGCGAGGCGCGGAGGACGGGGAUGAGCAAGAGAGAGGGGGGUGGAGGCCGGGCCUCACUUGCGGUUCAGGGAAUGGCAGCGGGCUCGAGGUGGAGGACGGGGACGACGGCGAGGUCGAGGCGGUGGUGCAGCUGCGGGGCGGCGUGGAUCGGCGACGGGUCGAGGCCGCGGCUUCCGGCGGGUUGGUGACGAAGCUCCGCGGCGUCGGGGGCAUUCGCGCAGAGGCGGGAGGGCGUCCCGGCGAGGGGGGCCCGGCGUAG